AUGGGUUUUGGCAACUUCAACAAGGUUGUGCUGAUUUUCUCUCGCCCAUUCUGGGAUGUCACACAGAACUAUUUUGGCCAUCUUAAUCAUUCCAGGGCUUCCCGAGGAGAAAUGUUUAUGUUUACGGCAUUGAGCAAAGCUCCAGUGUUGAUAGCGAUGAUGGCUGGCGAAGCAGCUAAUUUGGAAGCACCUAAUGAGGUGAUUGUCCGGAAAGCUAUGAAUGUACUGGCAAACAUUUUUGGUUCUGCUUGUCCAAAAGGG